AGCUUAAAAGUUCUGAAGUCAGUUUGAAGUGGAAGGAAUAUCCACCUGUUAAGGUGUUUGGAUCUCAGCAGUAAUUUAUGGCAAAACAAAAGUGUCAUUCAUUGUUGAAUAAAAAGCAUCCAGUAUUAAGAAACUAUUGAAAAAAUGUCAAAAGAAACUAACAUGUUAACUGUAUUCUCUUACUUACCACCUGACUGCCCCGAUAGACUAAAAAAGAUAAUUAAAGACUGUGUGUGUUCCAAUGAAACUCUUGACAAUCUGCUUAAGAGUUUUUCAGCUUUUAGGAGAUGUCUCAUAUGAAUCUCACUUAGUCAACAUAAUACUUGAUUUAGUUCCAAUCAUCUGUUCCGAUUCAACUAUUCAAUUAUCUGAGCUAGAGUUUGCAAUCCUAAGCCUUCAGAAUAUUUAUAAUAUGAACCUUCUCAAAACUGAUAUGAAAUGCAAAUUACUUGAAGUUAUUGUCACAGUCUUACUCACAUACCAACCAAGCCAAGAGGUGGUUGUUGAUGUUGUUCAGUUUUUGCUGAAUGUUUUGGAAAACAAAUCAGAGCCUAUCUCUACUUGUUUGACCUCAAUGGACUGCCUGAUUGAAAUAGAAAUGAGCACACAAGGAAUCCUGGGAACACAAAUAGAAAACUUUUUUGACUUCUUAAAUCAUGACCAUUUAAGAGACAAAGCAUCAGAGAUAACUUCAUUAAUUAUCAGAAAUGCUACUAAUUCUAUUCCGAACCAGUCACGGGUUCUUUGCGACCUCCUUGAACUUAUGCCUUCAUUAGGACCAUUUACGAUGGUAACAGUGGCAAAAAACAUUUUAGGUAUUUGCCGCGUGGGUUUUCAAACUGAGCUAAAUAAUUCGCUCGAAAAAUUACUCGAGAGAUAUAAGACCACCUUUGACUUGUGCGUUCUACAGACAAUCACAUCUAUUCAGGAAUGCCUUGGUGGAAUUACAGACGAAACCGCUGUUUUCCUCUAUUGCACUCAUCCUGCGAUGCCUGUUGGACGCAACUUGAUAUCUCUGGAUUGGCUAGCUUCGUCGCUGCAUCUGAAAAAAAGCAGGUUUGAAAUACGGCAAUUUGAACCCAACGAUUUCGAUGGAGCUGAUGCUCGUCUUAAAAAACUAUUGCUUAUGAACAAGGCUCUGUACAACCAAUCACUAGAUCCCACCCUCUUUUACCAACACUUUGAAAACUUGAUUGCCUUUGCAAUAAAAAAUGGCACUAGUCGUGCAUUGGCUUCAGUUUUUCGAGUGAUGCGUGAUAUGCUUGAAAGUAACUUUCCCACCAAUGCAGCCCAAAUUGUGUUGCACAGCACCGUCGCUUUAGGUGCCCGACACCCUGCUUGUUUGCCUCAUAUCAUAGACUUCCUAAAGCAUUUUGGUGCAAACCAACCGGGACAAUUACCGGAUGCAAUAACCUUGGGACUUGUCGAUGCUUUCGAUGAUAUGGAGAUUUCUAUCGUGAUGCCCCACAUGGAACAUCUGAUCCAGUUUUUCAUGGAAGCAACUCUGUACCGAUACGAAUUUUGCCAACCUCGGAUGAUUCUUCGCAUUAUACGAAAUUGCUUGGAAGAAAAAAAAAAUUCAAAUUGUGGAAUCGCAGUGCUAGAACUAUGCCAGGCAUUGAUUAGGAAUCAAGAUUACGAGAUUUUUCAACCAGAAUUAAAAACGGUGUUAUCCUUGGUCGAGACAUCGCAUUCAGAGUCAGAUGUGAAACAACGGGCAUGGAUGCUUCGCUCACUUAUAACACAUGUUAAUACUGAUAGCUUGAAGGACGCUUUUGAUGCUGACAUGGACUUGUCGUCAACUGGGAAAAUAGAAAAAACCGAUUAUCCAUUGAUUUUUGUGAAAAUCCUUUUCGAUUACAACAAAAUCGGUGACACAAGACCAGAAUCUCUUCCAGUAUACUGGUCAUUAGAUCGAAAGCGAUCCUUUCGAUCGUUCUAUUUUCCCUUGGAGAUAUCUUUGAUAAAAAAUGCAGAGAACCUCCACCCGGAAUUUGUUGGAUUAAAAAUCGAUUUCAUAGUGGACCCGAAGUGGGGUCGUGCCGAACCUAUUUACAUUCCAGUAUUGGAAGUCGACCAGGUGAGAAAAGCCUGCCUUCAGGUACAUCCGUUGGUAUGUUCGGCCGCAACCAUCGAAGCAAGGGUUGUAAUGAGCACUACGGACGGUCGGAUAUUUCUUUCAGGCCUUGAGCCUAUUCAACUCAAAUUGGAAGACUUUCUAAAUCCACUGUCUUCAAGCAAGUCGUUUGUUGAGUUAUGGGAUCGAAUUGUUAGCCAAAGCGAGAAAUGCUACUCCAGUGCUUUGUUUCUCCCUCAACCUCAAAAACUCCUGAAAGCUGUCGAGUACGGAGAAUUGGACAAAUUCCAAAUGGCUGAGAAACCGACAGAAUUAGCUAUGGUUACUCCCGAUUCGUUUCUUGUUCUAGUUCGAAUUUUAUCAGUUAAAAAUAGCUGGCACGCUGAAAUUCUGGUCGAGGAUCCCUCUGUGUUGCCAGUUAUAUAUUCCCUGCUUACUGAGUUUUCUACAUGAAAUAUCUUAUUACAAUUAUUUCCGAAUCUUAUUAUUGGGGAAUAAGCAUUAUAUAAUACCACACUGUGAUUGAUUAAAAUACAAAUUUUUCUUGUCAGCAAUAA